AUGCCGAAGCGAAAGAACAACAGCGGGCCCCUGGCCAGAUGGCAGUCUCCGAUCGAGCACUGCAAACAUGGCCCCAGUGCAGAAGGUGACGGGUCCUCUGGUGGCUGCUUCAGGCUCCUUCCAGAGGUGCAGUGGCUUCGGCACUCGAAGUUUGGCGUCGGGGGCGCGGACUCGCAAGUCUCCAAGCUGCUCCCUGGCAGGCCACAGGUGAAGGGGCUGAGCCUGCACGGGUCUAGGCCUGUCACUGGCUGCGCGCAGGUGGGCUUCGCUUGGUCACUGGCCAUUCGGAUCCGCGCGUGCGGCUUUACAGAGGGCCGCAGGGACUUCGCACGCAUUUUCUUCGCGGACGAGCGGAAGAUAUACGUCAUGGGCAGGGGCAUGCCGCACAUGCGGCCGGUGGAGCCGACGCUGGCGCCCAGCAAGGCGAACAUCGGGGACCUCAGCGAACAGGUCGUUCAGAUAGCCGAGGAUCGUUUCACCGAGUGCCUCUCAAAGCAGCUGGCGCAGGUGUUCGGACGACCCCCGGACUCCACCCUCGUCGCGACGCUUCGGGCCCGCGCCACGGCCGCGAUGACGGUGAAUGUUGGUCUUGAUUUUGCCGUGCACAUGGGGCUAAUGCCAACGUUCUUACAGCCGUUCUUUCUAAUCAUUUUAAUCCAGCAAGCUGAGCCAGGCUCGCAUAGCGACCUACGGGUUCGUUGCCGUGCGGCCCGCGGAUGUCAUCGGUGACCGGCACCCGUGGUCGGUGGGCCGCUGCUGCGGGCCAGGGAAUGGGCGGGGGUUGGUGGGUGGAGUACAGCCUGCGGACCGUGGCCAGCCCGACCAGGCGUCAAGAGGGUGGUCGAGGGCGACCUCUCGCUGGUCCGAGAGGCGAGCGACGAGGGGACGGGGAUCGAUGGCGCGAACUUUCGCGCGCGAGGUCUGCGCGUGAGGUCGGGGGUGAGGCCGCGCUGGCGGCUUGCGUUGGCCACCGCGCAGGGCCACCGCGCCUGCGGCUCUCGGGCGGCGGUGGUGGUGAGUUGUUCCUUCCCCCAGGACCCCCCCUCCCUACCCCCUCCUGCGCCUCCCGCGGGCAGCUGGACUCUCCAGCCGAGUCAUGGAGGCAUCUCGCGGACGCGGCCUCUCCGUCCUUCCGCCUCCUCCUCGCCACCAUGUUCUGCUCUGCGGCAUCGCGCCACUCGCAGAGGAGGAGCAGACACCUACCCUGAAAUAAGGGCCACUUCUUCUCUUCCUCCUCCUCCUCCUUUUCCUCCUCCUCCUCCCCCUCAUGAGGGGCCCUGGUCUCCGGUCC